AUGACCAUCAGGUGCUACUAUGCCCUGAUCGGUGCAGCCUACACCGCAACAACCGAGGAGAUAAAGGCAGCGAUCGUGCUGGCCAUUAAGGAGGUGAGGAGAGGCGCAAUACGGUUUCAGGAUCUCAGCGCGGCCGAGAACGUGCUGACCCGCCAGCGGUGUCGCGAAGAGUACGCCCGACGGCAUACUCGUGCCGGAUGCCAUGUGUGCAUUAGUCAGCCAGUCAGAUUGGAAGCCGAGUCGCCGCUCGUGAGAAAAGGCCGCCAGCCCAGCCUUUCCGAGCUGCCAGUAGAAGUCGCCCGCCGGUUUGGCAUCUACUCGACGUGUCCACUCCGUUCUCUGCUCGCAAAGCGGCAGACGAAAGCUGGCACCUUUCCUCAGAAGCUUUGGCAAGCAGCAGAUACGAAGCGGUACGCGGCGGCGAAGGAGAGACUGGUGUUGGUGGCGGAGGGCGGGGCCACGGUCGAUACGAUCUGCGGACGUAUGGGGUGGACCGCUGGCGCGUGA